AACCAAAAAAUAUCUACAAACACCAACAAAUAUAAGGAGAGAGAGAGAGAGAGAGAGAGAGAGAGAGAGAGAGAGAGAGAAUGUGUCUGGGGUACGUAUGUGAGGAAAAGGAGGUAGAGUUGGGGAGAGAGCAAGCCCCUGGGGGAUGCCCACACUGUGGAGGAAAGGUGGAAGCUGUGGAUGUGGAGAGGAAGUGGAGGUUCUGCUUUCUUCCCAUUUGCUGCAAGAUCAAAAGGAAGUAUUUAUGUACUCUGUGUGCCAAACGUUUGAUCUUCUUGUACCCAUAGAUAGACAAUCAUGGCAGGCUUAUAUUCCGUCCGUUCCAAUUUAUUUGUCCGUUUUUCUUACUUCAACGCGUUUCGAAAUAUUUGUUCGAUUUUAAGUUCAACGAACUUUUAAUUGCACAAGAGCAAUCAGUUAGCAUUU